AUGAGAUCCCUAAGUGUGCACCAAGGCGAAUUAGUCCAUCAAAGACUAGUGAACACGACGAUGCCCGGAUUGAAGCCGAUGAAUGGAUCGACUAUAACAAUGGGAGCCGUGAACCGGCACCAGGCCGGGGUGUACCAGUGCCAGGCCAACAACGGUGUCGGCAGGUCGGCCUUCAGGGAUGUCACUCUCAGGGUCUUGUGUAAGUACGCUCCGGUAUAA